ACUAAAAGCAAACAGGAAACGAGCGUCGGCGGCGAAUCUGCAGCUACCAAUGUAAAGGUCGGGUCGCGGCCGGCGCGGAGAAUCUGCCGUCGCCUGCAAGCCGCUCGCCUGUCUCGGUGGGAAGGUAGCUCCAGCUUUGCCGAGAACAUGAACGAUUGGGUGCCCAUCGCCAAGGAGUAUGAUCCACUCAAAGCGGGUAGCAUCGAUGGCACCGAUGAAGACCCACAUGACCGCGCAGUCUGGAGGGCAAUGCUGGCACGAUAUGUCCCCAACAAAGGUGUCAUAGGAGAUCCCCUCCUCACCCUGUUUGUGGCCAGACUAAACUUGCAGACAAAGGAGGACAAAUUAAAGGAAGUCUUUUCCCGCUAUGGUGACAUCCGGCGGCUUCGGCUGGUCAGGGACUUGGUCACAGGCUUUUCAAAGGGCUACGCCUUCAUCGAAUUCAAGGAGGAGCGUGCCGUGAUCAAAGCUUACCGAGAUGCCGACGGCUUGGUUAUUGACCAACAUGAGAUAUUUGUGGACUACGAGCUGGAAAGGACUCUCAAAGGGUGGAUCCCUCGGCGACUUGGAGGCGGUCUGGGGGGGAAAAAGGAGUCUGGGCAACUGAGAUUUGGGGGACGGGACCGGCCUUUUCGAAAACCUAUUAACUUGCCAGUCGUUAAAAACGACCUCUAUAAUAGAGAGGGAAAACGGGAAAGGCGGGAGCGAUCUCGAUCCCGAGAAAGGCACUGGGACUCGAGGACAAGGGAUCGAGACCAUGACAGGGGCCGGGAGAAGAGAUGGCAAGAAAGAGAGCCACCCAGGGUGUGGCCCGAAAAUGACUGGGAGAGAGAGAGGGACUUCAGAGACGACCGGGUCAAGGGGAGGGAGAAGAAGGAUAGAGGCAAAUAGAGGCCCAACAGCAGACCCCAAAGUGAAGAUACAGUGGAAGGGAGUGGACUGUCUUUCAGUGCAGCAUAAGUCUAAUGGUUGAAUAAAGCCUACUGAUGAUCA